AUGGCACCCAACAAGCGGUUUGCAUGUCGGUUCCCUCGGGCGCGUAUCAAGGCCAUCAUUCAGUCUGAUCCUGAGGUGGGGCGUGUGGCACCCGAGGCAUCGUUCAUCAUCUCCAAGGCCAUCGAGUUCUUCCUCGACGAUCUGGUCCAGUCGCUGGGGCGGAGGGCUCGUGCGAAGGGCCUAGCAUUUAUCAAGCCGUCACAUGUCAAGGCCAUGGUGGCAGAUCGUCCGCUUCUCGACUUUCUCCAGAGUACAGUCGAAGGCGCGCCUGAUGUAGACGACGAGGCGGAUGCAGAGGAGAUGGCCAAGGCGCAGGCCAAGGAGGCACGGGCAGCCAAGCGGGCGAGCAAGGCGGCGGCGCGGAAGAGACAUGAGGCUUCCGGCGCAGAGGCAGGAGUCAAGGCGGAAUCCACGUCCGGAAGCAAGCGCAAGGCUUCCGAGAGCGAGGAGGCGCGGCCGGUCAAGAUGCAGAAGGCUCUCUCCGGCGAGGGGUCUGCAGCAGGGCCAGUUCCGGUCCCGGUCCCGGUUCCGGUGCCGACAGCUGGAGGCACUGCGCCGCUGCCGCUGCCACUCCCGAUUCCGACAAGCGGAAGCGGAAGCGGGGUGGCGCUGGCGUCGCCGAGCGUGACGACGCCGCGGUUCGAGGACGUGAUGAAGGCCAGUGUGGCGGGUGGAGACGACGACGACGAGAGCGACUUUGACGAUGAUGAUGACGAGUAA